AUGUCGCUCGACUUGGAACACCACCUUACCUUUUAUGGCGCCUACCACCAUAAUUCAGUCAACAAGGUUAUUCACAUCAUAUGUGUCCCGGUCCUUCUAAUCUCGGCCUUUUGUAUGGCCACGUACUCGGGCACCCUCAUUGAGACCCCCAGCUGGCUCUCUGUGCCGUAUCUCGACCUUAAUCUGGGUACAAUUGCGGCUCUCAUGUAUACGGCGCUUUACUUGCUACUCGAGCCAGUGGCUGGUUUUGUCUUGGCCACAUUUUGCUUGGCCGGCACCGCUUACUCCAAUUACCUAAGGGCGGAGAACCCAGCUACUACUUUUCAGAUUGCACUCGGCUGCCAUCUUGUUGCCUGGAUUGUUCAAUUCCUUGGACACGGCGUGUUUGAAGGCCGCGCACCUGCCUUGUUAGACAACCUGAUUCAGGCCCUUUUCCUAGCUCCGUUGUUCGUCUGGCUUGAAGUCCUCUUUAAGCUUGGAUACCGCCCUGAGCUCCAGGCUCGCGUCGACAAAAGAAUACAGCAAGAAAUCGCCAAGUUCAAGACCGCUUCCAAGAAUGGGAAGGCCAAGUAG